AUGUCCUCCGGGGGCAGAGGAGGAGGCAUCUUGGCGGUGGAGUCCGCUCCCCUUGCCGGCUCGGUGCUCCUCAACGCGCCGCCGCGCUCUCGGAUCUACAAGAUCAUCGUCAUUGGCGACUCGGGAGUGGGCAAGACCUGCCUGACUUACCGCUUCUGCGCUGGCAAAUUCCCCGACAAGACCGAGGCCACCAUUGGGGUGGACUUCCGAGAGAAAACCGUGGAGAUCGAUGGAGAAAAAAUAAAGAUUCAACUGUGGGACACAGCUGGCCAGGAACGUUUUCGGAAGAGCAUGGUGCAGCACUACUACAGGAACGUCCAUGCUGUUGUCUUUGUAUAUGACAUGACCAAUCUUGUGAGCUUCCAGAGUCUUCCAGCCUGGAUUGAAGAAUGCAAUCAGCACUCACUUGGUGUGGAAAUCCCACGGAUCCUUGUGGGGAAUAAGUGUGACCUGACAGAUGCCGCCAAGGUUAAAACAGACCUGGCUCAAAAAUUUGCAGAUACUCAAAACAUGCCCCUGUUUGAGACCUCGGCUAAGAACCCAAAUGACAAUGAUCACGUGGAGGCUAUAUUCCUGACUUUGGCUCAUAAACUGAAGAAUCACAAGCCCAUGAUGCUUAGCCAGCUCCAGGUUGAUGAGCCUAAAGUUAAUCUGGAAUAUGAACCUAAAACUGAUGUGGAAUGUUACUGUUGAAGAUGAACUCUCUUGUUUUCCAUAUGAAUGAAGAUCAAAGGCACCAGAAUGUUUCUGGUAACCUGGGGACAGCCACAGUGCAUUUAAAUGACUGAACUUGCAAGAUCCAAGAACAGCCUACGAGAGGAAAAACAACUGAAAAAAGGACUGAACAAUACAAUGGAUUACAACAUGCCAAAUAGCAGCUGAAACCUUUCUUUUACUCAAACUGUGGACGGUACAAGAUAGGAAAGGCUGCAUUUUCUGAUAUUGUCAGAUAUUAAUUUUAUACAGUAACAUAAAGGAGAAGCAUUAAUCUUGUGUACUUUGCCUCAGUUAAAAGUGUCAUUUGAAUUUCUUCCUCGCAGUUCUUUUUACAGGUAUUCCUUAACUAAUUUCUUCCUACUACCAUCUCUACUCAGUUGUGUGAGAAUUAAAUAUUUUUGUAUGGGAGGCGUCGCCUGAUUGCUUAGCUGGUUGAAAGGAUAAAUAGCUGAGUCUCGCAGAGCAGGAAAAUCUCCCAUUUGAUCACCAGUUUGUGCUGAAUCAACUCAAGUUAGCCAAGGCAGUGAUAGGGGCACUACAGCUGGUCUCAGUUCUCCCAAAUUAAGCAGGGGAAAAAACAGCCAAGGUUCCUGCAUUUUCUGGCUGUGCUGUGAUGCCUCUAGUAUUGAAAUAGUUUGUCAACAUUCACUUGGCUUGCAUAUGAAGAGGGAUGACUUGAUUGAGGUAACUGAAAUAUAGAAAAUUCACAGAAAGGGAAAGAUAUGAGUUUUUUGGUUUAAAAGAACAAUGAUAAACUAAUAGUUGUUUGGUAGUACAGAAUUGAGUAUUGCUGAAAAAAGAGAUUUGUCAAAGCUUUUCCUGUUCUUGCAGUGUCCUGAUGAUUGCAAAAUCUAAAGCUUCGUUUCUUUUUCCAGCAGUACUCAAUGAUAUACUAAUUUAAUAUUUACAUUGUGUCCUGUAGACCUUGACUGUAAAAUAUGGAAAUGUGUUCACAUGUAAUCUAUGUAUGAAUAUUACUAAUAUUAUACUCCCUUGAGCUUCUAAUAUGAAUGCUGAGACCUUCAAGAAAUAUAUCGAAUUUGAGUUGCAGGCUUUCCAUGGCAUCAGACUUGGAACAUCAAACAAAAAGCCUUAAACUUUAAUCAAUUACUUUGCUAAAAAUUACAGGUUGGUAAGAAAGUUAGGAAGAAGCAUGAUGUUUAACAUUUGUCUGUGGUCAUGGAAGCUGGAUGGGCAAAGUAAAUAGUAUUCUCUUUAUGAGGGACGUUUCUGGACAAAUGCACCUUUUUUUAACCAAGUCUUCCUUCAAGUUGGAAAAAGGGAUACAUGAUAAAGGGAAUACAUUAAGUAGCCAGUGUCUCUUGUAUCGUGGGAAAGCUUGGAAUAUUUUCUGCAUGCUUUUUGUUCAUGCUUUUCAAGUUUUUGCUGGUCCAGCAGAAGAUAUUUACUGACUGUACUCCGUAACAUGCAUACAGAUUAUCCAUAAUUGUUGCCUACUGAAAUGAUGCACGGAUUACUUGUAACUGACCAAUGAAGGAGGAUGUGGAAAUUAUUUGUAAUUGUUGAUUAUUAACUCGUAAGCUACCCACAGAUGCUAAGAAAUGAUCGUACUGGUUGGUUUUGUAACAUUUCACUAUUGUAGUGAACGAGCUGAAAGCAAGUCACUAAUUACAGUGGUAAGGUUAAUCCGUUGUGAAGGAUAACUUCGGUUCAGUGAUACUUUUUAUUGAAUAAAAGAUUUGCACAAUUCUAAGUAAUAAAAACAUUUUGAACUCAAA